AUGGAGAUGCUGAAACUCCCUAAAGCACAAAGGAAUCACUAUCCUGAUGUUAAAGAAGAACAUGUGCCCAGACAUAGAAUUCCCCCUGCCCUGGACCCAUCCAAAGACCCCUGCCUGAAGGUGAAAUGCAGCCCUCACAAAGUAUGUGUGACCCAGGACUACCAGACUGCUCUGUGUGUCAGCCGCAAGCACCUGCUCCCCAGGCAAAAGAAGGGGAGCAUGGCCCACAAACACUGGGUCGGACCCUCGAAUCUGGUGAAGUGCAAGCCUUGCCCUGCGGCCCAGUCAGCCAUGGUCUGCGGCUCCGAUGGCCACACCUAUACUUCCAAGUGCAAGUUGGAGUUCCAUGCUUGUUCCACUGGAAAAAGCCUCACCAUCCUCUGUGACGGGCCCUGUCCAUGUCUUCCAGAGCCUGAGCCACCAAAACACAAGACAGAAAAGAAUGCCUGCACAGAUAAGGAGUUGAGGAAUCUCGCGUCCCGGCUGAAAGACUGGUUUGGCGCCCUUCACGAGGAUGCCAGCAGGGUCAUCAAGCCCACCAGCUCUGAUGCAGCUCAAGGCAGAUUUGACACCAGCAUCCUGCCCAUCUGCAAGGACUCCCUGGGCUGGAUGUUCAACAAGUUGGACAUGAACUAUGACCUCCUGCUUGACCACUCAGAGAUCAAUGCCAUCUACCUGGAUAAGUAUGAGCCCUGUAUCAAGCCUCUUUUCAACUCCUGUGACUCCUUCAAGGAUGGCAAGCUCUCCAACAACGAAUGGUGCUACUGCUUCCAGAAGCCUGGAGGUCUCCCUUGCCAGAAUGAAAUGAACAGGAUUCAGAAGCUGAGCAAGGGGAAAAGCCUGUUGGGAGCAUUCAUCCCUCGGUGCAACGAGGAGGGCUAUUACAAAGCCACACAAUGCCACGGCAGCACUGGGCAGUGCUGGUGUGUGGAUAAAUACGGCAACGAGCUGGCCGGCUCCAGGAAACAGGGCGCCGUGAGCUGCGGUGUUGACCGUAUAAAGAUCUGGGCAGAAGAAUCUCGAGACGUAUCUGUGGUCUACAGUGAACAAGUUUACAGUGGAGACGCAUUCACCCUGAAAUCACAAGAGGAGCAGGAGACUUCAGGGGAUUUUGGCAGUGGCGGCUCUGUGGUCCUGCUAGAUGACCUAGAGGAUGAGCGGGAGCUGGGACCAAAGGACACAUUGGGGAAGCUGAGGGUGCACACCCGGGCAGUGACAGAGGAUGAUGAGGAUGAGGACGACGACAAAGAGGACGAGGUGGGCUACAUAUGGUAG